CAGCGCGGGACCUUCGGAGCGGCGCCCGCCGCGGCCCGGCCGGCCAUGGAGCGCUACGUGCUGCUGCUGAGCUGGGCCGAGCGCAGGGCCCCGGGCGGGCCCGCGGCAGCCACCGCCGCAGCUGGGAUUGCUGCAGACAUGUAUCAGGUCCUGAAAGAAAGUUGUAAUGCAUGUAUAAAUGCAGAUGUGAGCACAUUCCCAGCUUGCUCAGUGGCUGGUAUUCCAGGUGCAAAGAAAUGGUAUUUUGCAAGUCAUGUCAUCUGUGGUUAUUAUCAGUUCUGCAGUUCUGACUGGGAGGAAAUAAAUGUUGACACACAGAAAAAUGAAGACUCUUACCAAGCAAGCAUUGAUGAGAACCUAGGAACCGCACAAAGUUUUGAGGAGGAUGACAGUAACAGUCAGGAAUCACUGUCUCUGGCUGAUAUCUAUGAUGAAGCUGCUGAAAGUCUACAUCAAUUAGCUGAUAAAUUGCCUGCCCCAGGCAGAGCAAUGGUUGAUGUAAUCCUGCAGGCUGUUGAAUGUGAUGGACCCAAGUUAAAGGACUGCUUGCCUGCUAUUGGUGCCCUGAAACACCUGAGAGAGUGGCACUCUGCACAGAUCACUAUUGCUGCAAGUGAUGCUAAAGGUAGCUGGCAAAAGAUUGCAGACUAUCUAUCAGCAUACUUGGUAUCUUCAGAUGAUAUAAUGAAUAUCAUUGAUUUAAAUGAACUCUGGAGAGGAAAAAUUCAGAUAUGGGAAAGAAAGUUUGGAUCGGGAGUAGAUUUUCCAGAAUUUUGUAUAAAGAGCACUUCAGCCAAGACAUUCAGGACUGCAAAUUUAAGUUCUUGCCUUGCUGCUAAAAAAGAGUGCCAAUUGAGGAAUACUGAUACUUUGCCAGAAGUUUUUCAUUACUAUGGUCCUGCGCUGGAAUUUUUGCAGAUGGUGGUGCUCUCUGAUCUACCUUCCAUUUUUAUAUCAGAUCUGGAGUUUGAGCUGAGCCUGUCAAGAAAGAAUAACAAGAAGACAUCUGCACUGCUUUUGGACCAGAUUUCUUUUCUCUCUGGGAAGGUGGGAGCUUUAUUUACAUUGCCUUGUAAUGUAAGCAGUGUAGUGAUCCCAUCUCCUGCCCAGCUGAGCUCCAAGAAAUGGAAGGAAUAUAUGGCUAAGAAACCCAAAGUUAUUUCUGUUCCAGAAAUUGAACUGAAAGGGGAAUCUUGCCGAUAUUAUUUCUUGCUACAAGGCAAUGGCUCUGGAGGAUGUAAAGCAACCUUGAUUCAUUCAGCUGGUCAGAUCAAUGGGAUGGCCACUCUUGCUGCAGUAAAUGGAAAGCUAAAGGCAAAAGCAGAAGAAACAGAGUCAGGCUUUCAUAUUUCUGACUUUAUCAAGUCUCUGCCGUGCUAUUAUGGAGAGGAUAUUGUACAGAGAGAAACAAAACUGUCACGUCUCCAAGUCUUUGCCUUGAAGGAGUAUCUCAAGAGAAAGGAAUUGACCAAGCAGCCUCUAGUUAUUUCUACCAAUGAGUUUAAAAGCUUAUUAAAACUCACAAGAGAAUGUUUUUUGGACUUGUGCAGCACUAAUCUUCCUAAACCUGUUCUACAGAAGGUCUGCAAUAAAACCAGGUCAUGCACUGAGACUUGUGAGUCUGACUUAAUAGAGCCAAAUCCAUUGGAAUGGCCAGAAAGACAUGUUCUUCAGAAUUUGGAAAACUUUGAAAAAAACAAACAAAAAAUGAGAGUUCCUCUGUUUGCACAUUCACCUGAGCAGCUGCUGGGACACAAGGACAGCCAGAGGGAGUCUCUGACCUUGCUGGAUGCCAAAGAGCUGCUCAAGUUCUUCACCCCAGAGGGGCUGCCCGUGGGGGAGCUCCAGCCCCUGCAAGUUCCCAAGCGUGAAAAUGCAUUUCUUUUGACACCAGACCUUACUCCUCGAAAACUCAGAGGUUUGCCUUUUGAAAAAGCAGCUGGAUGCCAUUACCAUGGACUUGAAUACUGUCUUGAUGACAGAAGAGCCUUGGAAAGAGAUGUGGGAUAUGCUGAACUUCAAACUCGCCUUAUUCGCUAUGAAACUCAGACUACUUGUACCAAAGAGUGCUGCCCUGUGCCUCUUGUCCUGAGUCCUCUCCCAUCUCCUGCAGUCUUGUCAGAGCCUGGAAGUGUCCCUGAUGGAGAGACUUUGCAAAGUGAAUUCAAAACAGAGACAUCAAGGCUAAAACGCAGAUCAAAAGACCUGGAUUACUUUUAUCCCAAGAAAAGGCUGAGCAGAUGUGAGAGCACAGAGUCGCUGCUGUGGCAGGCAGGGGGGAGCAGCAGCAGGAGUCACCGUGCAGUGGCUGUGCCGAGGAAGCGCUCGGACGGGGACAGGGACAGGGACAGGGACAGGUCCCCUGGGGCGGCUGCAGCGCCAUCGAACCCACCCGGCCACGGCCACCGAGCGGCCGCACAGCCCGAGCCUGCGCGGCCAGAGAAGGAGUCGAGAUCCCAGAAACACACCAGGAUGCUGAAGGAGGUGGUUGCUAAGACUCUUCAAAAACAUGGAAUUGCAGAAGAUCAUAAGUGCUUUGCAUCAUGCAGCCAGCGUCUAUUUGAGAUAUCAAAAUUCUACUUAAAGGACCUAAAAACUUCUAGAGGACUUCUUGAUGAAAUGAAGAAAACAGCAAAUAGCAAUGCUAAGCAGGUGAUUGAAUGGGUUUUGGAGAAGACUGGCAAGUAGAGGCACUGUGUGGAUUCUAUUCACACCUUCCCAGGAGCUGUGGAGACAGAGCACUUCUGACUUGAGAAGCAUUUUGCUACCCAAUGCACACACAGAUCUGCACACUGGGAGGACUGUGGUCAGUGGAGUUAUAUGGACUCAUUCUUCAAGCACUGGAGCAAGGUUGGAAACUUUUUAUACUGAAAGUUUUUAAUGUUUUUUUUUAAUUCAAAUGAAAAGAGGUUGUAUUUUAUAUGUGUAUUUAUUAUGUUUGUUAAAACUAAUAUAGCUUGACUUGAUUUAUAAAGCUUUGUAUAUUUUUCAACCAGUGUAUUUGGUUUUUAUAUGAAUAAAUACUCCCACAUAUUUAAUUUUGAUAACUAUUACUUUGUUUUUCCUUUUUGUGUGAAGAUCUCUAUUCUGCUUCAGCUAGCUCUUGUAUAAAAGCUGUUUACAGCAUCAGCCAUUGACAGUUUAUAUACUAAUUAAGAAUAGUUCCUAUUCUGCAGGUGAAAACAAACACAAUCAGAAUUUGAACCAUAAUUAUCUCUGUGUUGUAAUAUAAGGAAGAAAAAAGCAUGGCUUGAAACAUGGUGCAAGGUCCCAUUAAAGAAAGUUUCUUUGUUUUACAAGCUGACUUUUCAGUAUAAUUUCCUGCAUGCUCUUUGUAACACUCCUUAGAAAAGUAUCUAAGGAGAGGUCUGAGAUUUCUUUUCCUGGAAGAGGAGAAAAUCAAAGCAAUACUGGUAAUGAGGAUGGUGAGAGCUGGAAAAGAGCUGGUGUGCUAUGCUGAAAUGUAAGGAAAAAAAGAGUUUCUGGCUGUGUUGCAAACACAGUAAAAUACUAAAUUUGGCCUCCGUUUAAUCUCUGGCAUGUAUCUGGCUGGGACUAAUGUAAUUAUUCAAGUUAGUGUUUUGUUGAGAUGUGGAGUUCGUACUAAGUUUUCUGUAUUAAGGAUUUCCUAUUUAUCAUAUAAACUAACAGGAUUAAAACUGAUAGAGAUGCAGGGCUAUUGUUUGCUAUAUUAUCCCAGUAGGAAAAUAGAUUAAGCAAUACAAAUAUAAAUGAAAUGUAAUAUUGUGAAAAAAUAAUUGAACUAAACCAUGUGGAGGUUAGACUUAAUACUGUAAAAUCUGUGCUUUCUCUAAAGAGCCUUCCUGAUUUUGGGACAUUAUUCUUUGCUUAAUUCUAUUUGGUGUAAAGCUAAGCCCUAAGGAGGUUCUUCAUGUCUAACAGGAUCUUGAGUUCAUCUGUUCUGUUGCUUUGUUCCCAAGUUGACCAGUCCUGAACUCUACAAGACCUUUCCUGGCUGGGUGUGUACUUGGUUUAACUGAGCUGCAACAGGAGAGCACUGCAGUUGUUCUGCUGUGACAGUGGGCUCUAGUGAGUACUGUGUGCAUCUGAGCCCAGGACAAACAAAACUACUUGUCAGAUGGAUUUCAUUUGUCUGCAGAAUGCCACACAUCCACAGCAUCCCAGUUUUAGUGAUUUGGUGAAAUAGAAAUUAAAUGAAGAGAGUUAUUUAAAUAAUCAUCUAAUAAGUGCAUGCACAGAAUUGCUCCAAUGUAAUGAUUACUGUGUAUGGCUCAUGUUUCUUUGCAUUCUUUAUAAAAACAAGAAAGUAAUCAAGACAUUAGCCUUUCCUAACAUCUUAUAGUGAAUCAGGAAAUGCUCUACUUCCAGAGAGAGAAAAGCUGUAAGCUGUAGCCUUAUCUCUUCAGCCUGAAUGCUGAUACUUUUGUCUGAAUACUAAAGGAAGCCACUGAGAGUUGUGUUUUCUACUUAAUUUUGGCAAGUUUAUAUAUUUGUAAUUAGAAAAACUUUGUAGUUAAUAAUAAUACCUAAGUUGAUAAAUAAAAGUACAGAAGCUCUACAUUUCAUAAAUCCUUGAGGCUAGCUGCCAUGAGCAAAGAAAAAUACCUUCAGGAAAGUAAAUAAUUUGAACUGCUUUUCUUGUACUUCAAGUAGAACCCAAUGCUUAUUGGUUUAAUUAAUUCUGUAGACUCAAAGACUGGCCUGAAAUAAUCAGCAGGAAAGCAGUUAUGGAAGCAUAAGCAUUUUGAUGUAUUGGUUUUCUGCACAGUUCCCAGUGCAGAACUAAUACACUGCUACCCAUGUCUCAUUUGCUCUUUGUGUUAGUGGCUUUUUAGGACAAGUGGUAGCUGGUUUAUUAUUGUGGCUUAAUAACACUGUGCCCCAUUUGAGCUGUGAUAACUGUCCCUGUCCAUGCUCUUAACCUACAAAAUGUAGGCACAAUAAUUUGAUCUGGUCCACUGCAACAGCACUUCACCAAAUUAUUUUACAUCUGUCAUAGUUCCAAAACCCCACACUGAGAGUUCCUGCAUCUUGGCUGAUAUGCUGUAACUUAAGUGAUGCAGAAUGUAACAUCACCCUUUGCCUCUGAACUUCAAACUAUUUUCUUGUUUGCGGCUGCUGAACCCCCCAAAUCCAGUCUGACCUAUGCAUAUUUUGGGUGCUUGCUCUCAUGUUUUUGCAAAUCAAGAUAUAAAUCAAAUUCACCAUUACACAUUUCUGGUUUACCCAUAAUCCAUCCAUCUAUAUAACAAGCACAUAACAUAACAUAGCAUAGCAUAAUAACAUUAUGCAUUAUAUGUAAAAGCACAUUAUCCAUCCAUGUUAUGUGCUUAUAUUCCCCACAGGAUAGAGGUAAGACAGCACUGAUGUGGUUGCAAUUACUUGAUGAUAUGAUUACUUGUAAUAUUACAGCAAUUAAUUUUAAUUACAUUAUGAGUAUCACUGGGCUACCACAGAACUUAGCUUGGGUACUAAUGCUUGCCCAAAUCCACAAACUUCUUUGUCCUAGCUCACAGUUCUCCCUUAGAAUUUGUUUUCUGAAUUUGUUUCCUAAUGCCUCUACUUAUUUACACAAGCAUAGAAAUUCUUAUGAAGGAAAAAAAAAGAAUAGCUAAUCCCAUGUGGGAAAAGCAGGUGAUGAUGUUCAACAGGAGGUUGUCAUCUCCGUUAAAUAUUUAAAAUGUUGUUCCCCUCAUUCUUUUAAAUAAAAAUUUUGUCCUGGUUAGUCUGGGGAUUCACUUUAAGCAAGCAGGCUGAGUUUCUCAAAAUUCUGCAAGCAUAUUAUUAAUAUCUGUUCUUUAAAACUGAGGUCACCACUGAAUUCAAAAGUGUCCAUAAUAUACAAAAUUAUGUAAUAUAUACUGUAUUAAUGGUCUCUCUAUAUAGUAAAUAGAUUCAGUAACUAGCUAGAUAUCAAUCUGCCAGUUUGACUUUUAUGGAAAAUAACAUAAAUUUAGAAAUCAAUGGUAGUUAAUGAUCUGGAGCACAUAAUUUCUUUAGGCUCUGAUUCUGCUUCCACUGAAACCAAAGAAGCUCCAAUUAACUUUUAAGCGUGGGUAAAAGCACACUGAGAAUGCUCUCAGCUGGAAAUCAGAUCAGUCUCCCUUCCAAUCAGCUGAGCUUCCCAAUGCAAAGAGCUGGGUGGAGGAGGGUGCUGCCAUGUCCUGUGGGAGGAAGAAAUUGUAACACUCUGCAGAAGGAAAACACUUGUUUUGUUAUUUGCAAAGGAUUAAUUCUAGUGGUGUUUGUGGUGCUGAUUUGCUUUGUAGUAUGUCAAGAGUCUUGCUUUGAUUUCUAAAGUAUCUUAAGAGAGAUGCUGGUUCCAUUUGAAGGGCAGGACUCUUAGAAACACCAGGAUGAUUCCCUGAACACAAUCAGAUCAGCUUUAUUUUUUUUAACAAACACUUUACAUUACAUUUUUCCAAUAACAUUUUUGUUCCAAUAUGUAUCCCAAUCUUUCUCAUGAUGAAGCUGCUAUACAAACUUUCUGAUAAGACCAUUCCAUUUAUAGUAAUUAUUUUGUGAAGAGAAUGAAACUCUGGAAUAUCCCUUUUUAGGCUUUCCACAAGGCUGUUCUGUCACAACUUGGGUCAGACUAAAAGAAAAAAGCUUAAAUUCCCACAGUUAGCUUUUCUAUUUGGGCCACUAAGUUAAGAAUUAAAUCAAAGAAGAAAUAAAAAAAUUGUUUUCCCAUAACCAUUCAUCAGAGAAAAAAAGGCACAUGUUGGCCUCAGUCCUUGAAUGCAGAAGAUUGAGCAGAAAUUUCUGCUUUUUCUUAAUUUUUUUGUAAGUCUUCUGUUACCACCCAGUCCGGUAUAAGCAACAGGAGAAAGCAUUGCAACUUCAGCAGAGAUGUCUGAAUGACCUGCCCUGAAACAUCCCUGUGAGAUUUCAGGUUGUUUUUUUAAUUUAAAUUUUUAAGUCAUUCCACCAAUGCAAUUAACAGUUCCCUCCAGUAACAGAAUUCUUAAUUGAAGCACUGAAGUUUAAAGGUAUUUCUCCCAGCCCAAAACCAAAGGUCAGCCUUCCAGAUAGUUUGUCUGGACACAAAGUAAGCUCACGUCAC